UACCAAAUAUACCUCAGGCCUGUAGCGUAGGUGAUCGGCGGCGGGGCAAGAAAUUAUUGGCUCCCAUGCCCUGCUGCAAUAUUCAGCUACAGUGCUGCAGCCCAGUUGCAAUUGGUGACAAGGUUAAAAAUGGUCGCCAUCUGGAGCGCUGCUUGGUCUUGUUCAAAUCCAUUUUAGAGAACUUGAUCUUUAAUUCCAUAUGCUAAUGAGGCCUCAGUGCAUCUUAGGGCAGCUGCCAUCCACCUUAGCCACUCCCCCUUUCCUUGAGUGUCAGGGCUAGGCAUACUCACGGUCUUCCAGCCUGGACCUGUAAUCACUUACAUGUACUGAAGAAUCUUCAACUGGCGCAUGCACAGUACAUCAGCUUUCACUGGUGCCCUAGCACAUGCGUUGGGUUACAGGACCAGACAGGAGGGCAGUGAGGGACGGCUGCCCAUGUUAAUGCAGAGGGAGUGCCCAAGGUGGGAAGGCAGAGGAGCUGCAGUGCACUGAGGGGCUAGGGUUGUUUCAGCAGGAUCGACCCUAUCAUGCCUGGUUUAAUAGAGGUGAUCUUGCUGACAGAACCUGUAAAUUUGGAUCUGUAUGGCGGAGCAUGGAAGCUGCUUUGAGUGUUUGUGUGCUACGUAUUCCUAGUAACUGCUCGCCUGGCCUCAUGACAAGCAUGUACUGCCACUUUUAUGUCUGGUGCUAUGUAACAUCUGUAUCGGUUUACUGGAGAGGAAUGCAAGUGUGCAGUUUGUCAGUCACGGCCUCCUGAUAUAGUCCAUAAUGUUCUCAGUUAGCUGUGCCUCAGCGGCUUUUUUAGGCUUCUACUUGGAGUUGGUGGAAGGCCUCAUCAUGAAAUCGACACACAAAAGCUGGUACGGUUAGCUUACUCUUUCUUUUUCCAACCAUUUUUAGUGUGCCGUUGUGUCUAAAAUGAGAUACGGAGCAACUUUGUAAUUGGCCGUAGUUAAAAGGCUUUUCUGAGAGAUUAAUACUGAUUGUGGGGGCCCAGGACCCUCGCCGAUCAGCUGUUUGAGAAGGCACCGGAGCUCCUGCGAUUUUCUGAAGUCAAAGUCUAUGGGGAAAACUGCUGUAUACAAGAUUACCAGGAGAUCCUAAUUCAGAAAACCUAGAAAAUAGCCGAAUGAAGCGAGCAGCUGCAAAGCAUCUAAUAGAACGCUACUACCACCAGUUAACUGAGGGCUGUGGAAAUGAUUCCUGCACGAAUGAGUUUUGUGCUUCCUGUCCCACUUUUCUUCGUAUGGAUAACAAUGCAGCAGCCAUUAAGGCCCUCGACUUAUAUAAGGUUAAUGCAAAACUCUGUGAUCCUCAUCCCUCCAAGAAAGGAACAAGCUCCUCUUAUCUAGAGAACAACUCCAAAAGUGCCCACAACAACCCGUGCUCGGAAAGAAAGAUGAACAAGAAGGAAGUACACGGACCCAGGGAUGACUUCAAAGAUGUGACUUUCCUCUCUGAAGAAAAGGUGUAUGAAAUUCUUGAACUAUGUCGAGAACGGGAGGAUUACUCUCCUCUUAUUCGGGUGAUAGGUAGAGUGUUUUCCAGUGCUGACGCCUUGGUUCAGAGCUUCCGAAAAGCAAAACAACAUACUAAGGAGGAGCUGAAGUCUUUACAGGAGAAGGAUGAGGAUAAGGAUGAAGAUGAGAAAGAAAAAGCAGCUUCAUCUGCUGCUGCUAUGGAAGAUGAUUCUGCAGCUUCAUCCUCCAGACUGAAUGAUGGUACACAGGGAGAUAACAAUAUACCGAAACUAGGCCCAGAAGAAGUAUCUCUAGACAUUGAAGCAGUUAGACGGGUCUACCACACGUUACUUUCUAAUGAGAAAAUAGAAUCUGCCUUUCUUAAUGCACUUGUGUACCUAUCUCCCAAUGUCGAAUGUGACUUAACUUAUCAUAAUGUAUAUUCAAGGGACCCCAACUAUCUAAAUUUAUUCAUAAUAGUCAUGGAGAAUUGUAAUCUCCAUAGCCCAGAGUACCUGGAGAUGGCUCUACCAUUGUUCUGCAAAGCUAUGAGCAAAUUGCCAUUAGCGGCGCAAGCAAAGUUGAUCCGGCUAUGGUCAAAAUACAGUGCCGAGCAGAUAAGAAGAAUGAUGGAAACGUUUCAGCAACUAAUAACUUACAAAGUGAUAAGCAACGAGUUUAACAGUCGCAACUUGGUGAAUGACGAUGACGCCAUAGUGGCUGCAUCAAAAUGCCUGAAAAUGGUUUACUAUGCAAAUGUUGUCGGAGGAGAGAUUGAGACAGAUCACAAUGAAGAGGAAGAUGACGAACCCAUCCCAGAAUCUAGCGAGUUAACCCUGCAGGAGCUUUUGGGAGAGGAGAGAAGAAAUAAGAAGGGGCCCCGAGUAGACCCCAUUGAAACAGAACUUGGUGUAAAAACUAUUGAUUGCAGGAAACCCCUCAUCCCCUUUGAAGAAUUUGUUAAUGAACCACUCAAUGAUGUUCUUGAAAUGGACAAGGACUAUACUUUCUUUAAAGUAGAAACUGAAAAUAAAUUCUCUUUUAUGACCUGUCCCUUCAUCCUGAAUGCUGUAACGAAAAAUCUGGGACUGUACUAUGACAACAGAAUCCGCAUGUAUAGUGAAAGAAGAAUCACUGUGCUUUACAGUCUUGUUCAAGGGCAGCAACUCAAUCCAUACUUAAGGCUCAAGGUUCGAAGAGAUCACAUCAUUGAUGAUGCUUUAGUCAGGCUAGAGAUGAUUGCAAUGGAAAACCCGGCAGACCUAAAGAAGCAGUUGUAUGUGGAGUUUGAGGGCGAGCAGGGAGUAGACGAAGGAGGAGUUUCCAAAGAGUUUUUCCAACUGGUUGUUGAGGAAAUAUUUAACCCUGAUAUAGGCAUGUUUACCUACGAUGAGUCCACAAGAUUCUUCUGGUUCAAUCCAUCUUCAUAUGAAACUGAAGGACAGUUUACGCUCAUUGGAAUUGUUCUGGGCCUUGCAAUUUACAAUAAUUGCAUUCUAGAUGUGCAUUUUCCAAUGGUUGUUUAUAGAAAGCUGAUGGGGAAAAAAGGAACGUUUCGUGAUUUGGCCGAUUCUCACCCUGUCCUCUACCAAAGUUUAAAAGAUCUAUUGGAGUACGAAGGCAACGUUGAAGAUGACAUGAUGUUGACAUUUCAGAUAUCUCAUACUGAUCUCUUUGGAAAUCCACUGAUGCAUGACUUAAAAGAAAAUGGAGAUAAAAUCCCAAUUACAAAUGAGAACAGGAAGGAGUUUGUCAAUCUCUAUACGGAUUACAUUUUAAAUAAAUCUGUGGAGAAACAGUUUAGGGCUUUCCGGAGGGGAUUUCACAUGGUCACCAAUGAAUCCCCUCUCAAAUAUCUGUUUAGACCAGAGGAAAUUGAACUGCUCAUCUGUGGAAGUAGGAACUUAGACUUCCAAGCUCUUAAAGAAACAACUGAAUAUGAUGGAGGCUACACCAGAGAUUCUCAAAUUAUUAGACAAUUCUGGGAUAUAGUACAUUCAUUUACCGAUGAGCAGAAAAGAUUGUUCUUACAGUUUACAACUGGCACAGAUAGAGCUCCUGUGGGUGGACUAGGAAAACUAAAGAUGAUUAUAGCCAAAAAUGGCCCAGACACAGACCGGUUACCAACAUCUCAUACAUGCUUUAAUGUCCUCUUACUUCCGGAGUAUUCAAGCAAAGAGAAACUGAAAGAGAGAUUAUUAAAGGCCAUCACGUAUGCCAAGGGAUUCGGCAUGCUGUAACAUGCAAGUCAAAGGAAGCUUAACGAAAGGGAUAACAAUCCGUGGUAUUGAAGUCCCUAUCCACAAAGGCCAUAAGAUAGUCAGCUACAUGUAGUCAACUGUAUGUGUGCCUCCCUCCUCCACUGGGACAUUGGGCUGGAACAGCAGAUUUCUGCUGCUUAUAUGAACAAAGUCUUUCUCCCUCCCCUUGCGUGAAAGUGUUGUACAAUCUUUCACAUGUAUGUACAGAGAGGUUUUCCUAAAUAUUUAUUUUAAGGGUUAAAUCACUUUUGCUUGUGUUUAAUACUGCUUGAAAUUGAGCCUACUUGAGUCUUCGACCGAUACUCUCAUGAAAUAUGCUAUCAUUUACAGGAAUUUCAAGACUUUCAAGUUACGGCUUCAGUUUGUCCUGCAUCUACUUACCGUAAAUCAUGGACUGUUUUUUCUUUCUUUCUUUUUUUUUUCUUUUUACCUUUUCCCCCUCCUUUUUUUUCUUUUUUUUUUUUACAGUUUGCUUAUAAAACUUGAAUUGAUGGAAACUGUGUGAGACGAUUACUGCUGUUCUAGCCCCAAAAAUCAUGUAGUCAAUAAAGAUGGAAGGGAGUACUUGGAAUGUUCUACUACAGCCUUGCAACCUUUUACUUUAGCCACAGCACAAAAAAAAAAAUAUACAAAUUAAAGAUAUGGAAAAAUAACAACAUUUCAUAAUUUGUUGUCUUCACGUCUUGUAAGGUAUAUUGUGUUUCAUUAGGAGAUCUUUUAUCUGGGUCUGUGAAAGGGGGUAGAAUUUAGCGCUGUUUUACUUUUCUUUUCUUUUUUUUUUUUUUUUUUUGGGAUUUGUGUUUACUGACAAGUGCAUUUUCAGCCAAACUAUGUACAGUAGAUGGUGGGAUGCCUGAGGAAAAAAACUAAAAUGAACAUUUGCACCCUAAAUGAAAAGAUAAGCUUGUGAAAGUGCACUUACAUGAAAAAUAUGAAUUGCAUAUUAAAUAAACCUUUUAAAUAGA